AGGCUUGCGCAGUUCCUAACCUGACAGUGGUUCUGGUUUGCUAUCAGCCUCAUAGAACAAAAUCGAGGGAUUGUUCACUGAAAAGGUGAAGUCGUUUCCUUUUUCUCUUACUUCUCUCACACUCGUGUAUGUACAAAAGCUUCUGAAGUGUAUAUGAAGUGUCUGUAAAAUACCAAGUGCUUUUGAUUCAAUGGAAAUGUAAACCAGUUAAUUUCCAUUCCUUUCACUGUAAGAUAUGCUGAAAGUUCCAGAAUGACUUCUAGAUGUAGUUCUUUGGAGUGGAAGGAGUAACUUCACUUUUAUGGGUGGAUUCUGGCCAUUUUACAAACAGCUGCUAGUAGAUACAUGAGGAAAUACAUAUUCUUCUGAAGAAAGUGAUGGAUAAAGCAUCAUCAUUGGCUGAAGUACAGCAGUGAAGAGUUGCCACAAAGGCAAGAAAAAGCCAUGGAAUGCUGAUGUACAAGAAUAUAAACCAGGCCUAGUGUGAUCUAGAGGUCUGUGUUGGAAAGGGUUAGAUGAACCAAAACCAGGGAGCGUGUCACUUUGCUUUCCAGAAGUUGUUAAAACCAGUGGUGGUCCCAAGGAUGGAGCAUUACUAGCACACCACUUAACUGAGCAGGAAAUCCUGAUGAAAAACAGAUCCGGUGCCCUUUAAACUCGUAAAUAUUUAUUUAAAGUCUUGUAGCAUACAAUACGUAAAACCCAAGCUUUAGAAUCAGUGAUGCUUCCCAGGAAUUGUCACUCUAGUGUGGCAGGUAGUUAAGUACAUAGUAUUUAUUUUCCCAUUGUUAUCAAUGUUUAAUAAAGUCACCAAACUUGCAAAUGUUCCCAAAGUCCGCUCAAGACCCUACUUUCGCUACAGACUACACAAGGCAGAGAGCACACGCUGUGGCUGUAACACCGAGCAGUACCUGGCGCUGCCUGCCCGCUACCUUUGGCCACUCUCAGGGCCGCUCUUCAGAGCUGCGCCCGUUCCGUGGGCAGAGCGGCGGCAGCCCCGGGGAACCGGCAAACCCCGCCGUCACGGGGCACGGGGGAUCGCCGCGCUCCCAGGCCGCCCCCGCCCCACAGACCGCCUGCAGCGCGCCCGCGGAGCGGCGGAGCUCGCGGGGUCCACCCACCCCAACUCCGCCCGCAGAGCGCGCCCGCUGCCCACCGUGGAUCUCGCGAGAGUUCGCUCCCCUUCCGUGCGCCUCAGCGAAGCCUCGCGAGAGUUCGACUCCACUUCCGCCCUCGCGGCGCCUUUCCGCGCUCUCGCGAGCGACGCGCCCUCUCUCUUCCCUCGCGCACGCCGGCAAGAUGCCUUCCAGGCUAAGGAAGACCCGGAAGCUGAGGGGACACGUUAGCCACGGCCACGGCCGCGUUGGGAAACAUAGGAAACAUCCUGGAGGACGUGGUAAUGCUGGUGGUAUGCACCACCACAGGAUUAACUUUGAUAAAUAUCACCCUGGUUACUUUGGAAAAGUAGGCAUGAGGCACUAUCACUUGAAGAGAAACCAAAAGUUCUGUCCUACUGUCAAUUUGGAUAAACUAUGGACGCUGGUCAGUGAACAGACAAGGCUCAAUUAUGCCAAAAAUGAGGCUGGACUGGCCCCAGUCAUUGAUGUUGUGCGUUCGGGCUACUACAAAGUCCUGGGCAAAGGGAAGCUGCCCAAGCAGCCUGUGAUUGUGAAAGCUAAGUUCUUCAGCAGAAGAGCAGAGGAGAAGAUCAAAGAAGUUGGUGGUGCCUGUGUGCUUGUUGCAUAAAAGUCUUUGUUUUAUUCAAAUUUUUUGAAUAAAGACAAUGUGUAAAAUGCACUGA